ACAUAUAUUUCGGAACCGGAAAUUGAAUAUUGCGGGAAUAUCGAAUAUUAAUUGCCGCGUUUUAUCUUGCAUCUUGAUGUCUGUUAACGUUGUUCUCAGUCCAGUAAAGAUAAAUAUCGAGAGUGAUUCAGCACCACCAGCAAAGAAAUUCAAAAUGCCAACUGACAACAUUAUCCUAAAAUUUGCCAAACUGACCAAGAAUGCGUUGACGCCAACACGAGGGUCGAAACUAGCUGCUGGUUAUGAUUUAUACAGUGCAUAUAAUGUUACUGUUCCAUCGAAAGGAAAAGCGGUUGUAAAAACAGACAUACAAAUAGCCUUACCAGAUGGAUGUUAUGGACGGGUCGCACCAAGAUCUGGUUUAGCAGUCAAACAUUUCAUAGAUGUAGGUGCUGGUGUAAUAGAUCAGGACUAUAGAGGAAAUGUUGGUGUUGUCAUGUUUAAUUUUUCUGAUACAGAUUUUCAAGUAAAUGAAGGUGAUAGAAUAGCACAAUUAAUCUGUGAAAGAAUUUAUAUUCCUGAGUUACAAGAACAAACGAGUUUAGAUGACACAGACCGAGGUUCUGGUGGAUUUGGAUCUACAGGAAAAAAAUGAAAUUUUAUUAAAAGUCAACAAGUCGAUGUUUGAUAUUGACAGAAACAUUUUACCGAGGGCUUUAUAAACUUCAUCAAAUCAUG